UUGGUGUAUUUAUCACAUCGGAAUACACGUAACACAUUGGGAUCACAAAGACCAGGGUCGAUCAAUCACCAUUGCGACGAUCGUCUCGCCACUCACUUCGAGGUCGCACUUCCGUCAUUCGGACGUUAAGUAAGACGUCUUGUGGGCGAAAUAACUAACAUCAAAAGACCCCACAAUCGCGAAAAGGGCUCGACAACACACUUCAGGAAGCCGCAUGCUCAAAGAAGUCAGAUAGCCAAGAAUCUUUUGAAAUACUCAAGAAGUGCCGAACGCCAUUACGGAGGGAAAGACGAAAAGGGCUCUCUUUGCGGUUUCGCGAGCAGCGUGGCUCAGGAGAAGUUAUCACCUGAUGCCAUGAACACGGUCACCAACUUGAUUUUGAGAAGGAGCUUCUGUUGGCAUUUCCGAUGA